UACAGUAUUUCCAAUACGGUCCUUUCUCCGGAGUUGUGCUGCUCCACCAGCUGCCUCUUAACUCCCAGAUCGCUGAACUCGGCAGCAUAGUCGUGCAAUGUCUUCUUUUUUCUCCCCAUCUUUAGGAGAACAUACAGAAGCAGGAUGUCGGAAGGAGAUAGUGUUGGAGAGUCCAUCCAUGGGAAGCCAUCAACGAUUGCAAGUUUUUUCACACGGCUUGGACAGGUUUAUCAGUCGUGGUUGGACAAGUCAACACCGUUCUCAGUGGGCCGGUGGGCUGUGACAGUCAUUUUAACAGCUCUCUACAUGAUAAGGGUGUACAUAUUGCAGGGAUGGUACAUCGUUUCCUACGCACUGGGCAUCUACCACCUCAACCUGUUCAUUGCUUUUCUCUCACCGAAAGUGGACCCUUCACUCUUGGAUGAUGCUGAUGAUGGGCCUUCUCUACCUACGAAGCAAAACGAAGAGUUCCGGCCCUUUAUUAGGAGGUUACCCGAGUUCAAAUUCUGGCAUUCGGCCACAAAAGGCAUCAUCGUCGCGAUGGUCUGCACAUUCUUUGAAAUCUUCAAUGUGCCGGUGUUCUGGCCAAUACUCGUAAUGUACUUCAUCAUGCUCUUCUGUAUCACUAUGAAGAGGCAGAUAAAGCAUAUGGUCAAGUACCGAUAUUUGCCCUUCACACAUGGGAAAAGGAAGUACAAAGGAAAGGAGGACACGGGGAAGGCAUUUCAUAGCUAAAUUUUUCUCCUGAGCAAUGAAUAUGUUGAGCAAGAAAGAGCUGGAAGUGUAUAGGGCAGUAGUGUGUGUGUGUGUGUGCGCGCGCGCGCGUGUGUCUUUUUAAAGGAAAAGAGUUUUGAUCUAUUGUGAAGUAGUGACUAAGGGGACAGUUAAUUUCGUAAGAUUUAUUUGCAUUCACUGCCGUGUGUGUGUGUGUUUGGGGGGGGGGGUUGGGAGAUCUUGCUGCUGCUGCCAAUUCUUCUGCAGGUACAGUGCAGUGUGUGUGUCUCCCCCUCCCAGCCACCCCAGCAAGGUGGUGUUGUACAGAAUGUAGUAGUACGUUCGCAGUGUGGAAAUCCCGAUACUUUCUUGCCGGUGACGGUAUUUAUCCUGUGAUAUUCAGGGAUCAUACAGAUUAAUAAAUCUCUUUUUUUUCUGCCUUUGGCCAAGUCAUGUGACCCAUAUUAAAUGGCUAUAACAUAUUUAUUAAUUAUUUUAUUUUUUGUUCAUAAUUGCCAAGAUUAAUUGUGCCUUUAAUCAGUUCUUGUUAAUGCAGUUACUUUGUUUUGAUUUAUACCCCACCCCCCACCCCACAUUUUUUAAAACUGCACCCACACGUGUUGCUACUUUGAAAUGUCUGUUAAAUUGUCUGUUGGGUGCAUUUCCUGGUCCUGAUGAGGAAAUGAAAGGCACGCCAGGCCGUACUCCGCUUGACGCCGGCCCUCAGACCGUCUCUCUGCUCCUGCUUAUUAAGACGUCUUCGCUGCCUGAGCUGCUCUGUGUCACUUUGCCUCGAGUCUGUGUGUGGAUUGAGAGUGAUCACGUCCCCUCUCUGGGAGAGAGAUACUGUUUUCAUAAUUCCUGUUUUUUUUUACUCUUUAAUUCCAAAUUUUCUAAGGAAAAAUGCUUACCUAGAAAUAGAUUACGUAGAUUGCAGGUUUUUUUUUUUUUUUUUUUUUGCAUUAAGGUAUAAUUUCUUUGCCCCUUUCCCCACCGUUUAAUCCACCAAAGGAUUUAGUUGGUCCGCGAGCCAGAUCUCCAGGAAACCCCCAUAUUCCGGGGAACUGGCUCUAUGGAAUGCUGGCGUCGUCCCAUCAAUGAAUGUAUCUGUUGUGCAUAGUUUAAGAAUCUGACAAAUGGAACUUCUGCUAGAACCGUGUUUGUGUGUGACUGUGCACUUCGGUCAGCUGCACACACACAGUCUCACAAAUCGCAGCUCAAAUGAAAUAUUAGAAACUGCACAUUUUUCGUUCACUGCCACAACCUGAACUGACUAGAGUUUAUCUGCCAGGCUUUUGCUUCCUGGGAGGGGUGGGUACAUCUAUGUAAACAAGAACUGGAAGAUACCCGAUUGAUAAUAGUCUCAACCAGUAAUAUCCAGAAUAAUAAUGAAUCGUCAAGGACCCCCCCUAGCAUAUCAGCCAGGAUAAUUUACACCGAGGGCAGAUCAAAAAAAUGGAACUAGGAUAUAUACUCCUUAGAGACGCUUUUUAACAGUAUCUGUUAUACAUCCCUGUUUGUGCCGGUCUGCCGUUUUCCAGUUCGAAAGCUUAUCAAAACAGAGCUAAAUCAUUCCAAUAAAAAGCAAGACAUUUACUAUGUUGGACUGAGAUGUACAAGUUACUUUAAGGGUGGGGGGGUGUUUGUGUGUACAGUAAAAGCUUGUGGGUAUGCAAAUAAAAAAAAAUGUUUUCCUGAUGUUCUUUGCAUCAUGCUAAUUAUGUUCCAGAGGCCUCAUGUUUUGUGGGCCUUAGCCAAAGGCUCCAGCAAAGCUUAGACUCCUUGGAAAGAAUUUGCAUGUUUUUCCCCCCCAUGUGUUCCAGAUGUGAGCAAAGACGUACAUUAAAGAUGAAUGCUGAAGUGUAAUUUUUCACUCCAAAUUGUAUUAAAGAGACUGUUCCUUUCUGUUU